ACAAAAACUGCUUCUACUGGGACAUAACGUAAGAUACAUGGUAAUGGAGCCUUUUAUACAUUUUCGUGUUUCUUUAGAAAUAAUUAAUGGACAAAUGGAGUCUUUAAACGCCUCAGAUGUAAAGUUAUUCGCUGUCAAAGUGACGCCAAAAUGAAUGGGAGUCAAUGGGAUGCUAACAGCAGAUGGGUGUUCGCUAAGCAAUGGCGGCGUCCAGGGAAGCUUCAAUAAAAUAUGAAACCCUGCCCCCCUGGUCUAGAUGCAGGACGAUACUAUUGACCACGCCCACAAUACAGGACUCGCUCUGGCCACACCCACCCGCUCGAGCUGUACGGAUGGAUUACUGGACAUUAAUGUGCGAGAUUGCUGUGAAUUAAACUGGAAACUGUAAUGAUGCUCUAGGAUGAAGCAUGGCUUUGUUGAGGAAAAUCAACCGUGGACUCGUCAUUCUGCUCAUCCUGGUGGCAGUUGCACUUCUGUUUAACAAGACACUACCCAAGAUUGCAGAGCUGAAGAAAGAUGGCUAUCAAACAGGUGUUGAGGAUGAGUUGGACAGAGACAUCCCUGUGCUGAUCUGUGCAUCUGACGAGCGCAUAGGCGCUUCCAUGGCAAACAUCAACAGCGUCUAUAGCAACACACGCGCUAACGUUUUCUUCUACAUAGUUACCCUGCAUGAUGCCAUUAGAAAGAUAAGGGAAUACAUUGUGAAUACCAAACUGAGAAAAAUCAAGUACAAGAUCCUGGAGUUCAACUCGAUGGUGUUGAAAGGGAAAGUAAAUCCGGACUCAUCCAGACCAGAACUGUUGCACCCUUUGAACUUUGUGAGGUUCUACCUGCCGCUCCUUGACAUUGAAAAUCACAAUCAAAUUAUUUACCUGGAUGAUGAUGUCAUAGUGCAAGGAGAUAUACAAGAAUUGUACCACAUUAAACUGAAACCCGGGCAUGCAGCCGCUUUCGCUACAGACUGUGACUUGCCCCAAACUCACGAGAUGGUGCGCACCGUGGGGAUGCAGACGACAUACAUGGGCUUCCUGGAUUACCGCAAAGAGGCGGUCAGAGAACUGGGCAUCAACCCCAGCGACUGUUCAUUUAAUCCUGGGGUUUUUGUAGCAAACAUUGCAGAGUGGAAAAAGCAAAAAAUAACUAAACAGUUAGAGAAAUGGAUGGCUAUAAACUUCAGGGAAAACCUGUACAGCAGUGCUGUGGCAGGGGGUGUGGCCACCCCUCCAAUACUGAUCGUCUUUCAUAAUAGAUACACGACCAUUGAUCCACUAUGGCAUGUCAGACACCUGGGCUGGAGUCCUGGUGCUCAACAUCCUGCAUUAGUCCUCCAAGAGGCACAACUACUGCACUGGAAUGGCCAUUUCAAACCCUGGGAAUACCCAUGUGUCCAUUUAGAGCUUUGGGAGAAAUGGUUUAUUCCAGAUCCCACAGGACAGUUUUCUCUGGUACGACAAUAAGUUUAAACACACUGGUCUAAAUUUUAAAUCUUUAGGGAACUUAACAGGAAAAUACAGCAGUGGAGCGGUCACUUUUGCUUGACUGGAUACAGAUUUGUUGGACAAUUUUCCAGUGUUACACCAAUCAAGAUAAACUAAAGACAGCCUAUCAUUUGUACUGCAAAGAACAACUCAUUUGUGAAGGCAGCUGAUGACAUGUCAGAAGACAAAACACACGCAUCCCUUUCCGGAAACAUUUAAUGGUUCAAUGGACAGGAGUCAGCACUCCAUAACUGGGUCAGUUAAAUAUUAACAAAUUUACAAUCAUGGAGGAAUGUAAAAAAAGAAAACAACAACAACAACACAAAAGCAGUGCCUUAAAAAACCCAGUCCCUAUUCCCCCAACCCACCCAUAAAGAGAGAAGAACCAGUCAUGUUGUCAUCUUCACUCUGCAUCACAGUCCAAAGCCCCGCCCCCUCUCACACAGCUUUACAACUCAUCUUUGCUUGUGGAUUCCUUAAACAGAUGCAAAUACACAGGUUUAAGCAUAUUCACAUUUUAAGUGACAUUAUAUACUGUUAUCUUAUGUUUGAUAACACUUUGGGACACUAGUGGACUGAACAGCAUACUCACAGACUCUUCCUCUGCAUCAUCUGCCUGGACCUCCUCUUCAUCCUCAACCUCUGCAUCCUCUGCUGGUUCUUCAGGUUCCUCCUCUGGUUCUUCCUCUACCUACAAACAGACAUGACAGUUGAACAUUAAGCAACGCUUUACGUAAACAUUGAGCACUUCAUUGAAGCAUAGCGGACAUACCUGUUCAUCGAGGUCUACGUUCAUGCUAAGCCGGAGCAUGCGCUCUAUCCUGUCUCCGUAGGCUUUGGUAUCUGCAAGCUGGUAACCGGAACGCAAUGUGGCGGUCUCAAAGAGCACCACAGCCAAAUCUGCAGCUGUCUGGUCCUCAGCAUCAGCCUACAAAAGCUGGAUCAUUUGAACUGUGCAGAUUUUGGAUAUUGGCAAUAUUUAACCAAAUCAGAAUACAAAAGGGAAUCAGAAUAAUGACUUACAUUGACUCUCUUUAACAUUUCUUUAAUGAGAGGAUGUUUAGGGUUGACUUCCAGUGUCUUCUUUUGACUUGCAUAAUAACUAGAAGGAAAAAGCUUGUAGAUUUAGAACCAUAAAAUAAAACAGUACAACAGC